UUAACGCAAGAAUUUUACUAUCAAUUUUUCAUCGAUUAAGGUACUUUUCAACAUUUCAUUUCUAGAAUCUCGAUAUUACCUCGAGCAUGACGUUUUCCCCCUAAAUCCAUUCAUCUCAACUCCACCCACGUCUCCCAGAGAAAUUCCUCAAAUUUUCAUUUUCAAACGAGAAAAAUCUCCCGAAAAAUCCCGUAAAAAUAGAAACAAUUGAUCUUUAUUUUUAAUUAACUAGUAACUAAAUAAAUUCUUAUUAGAUAAUUGAAUUAAUCCCGUGAAUUCGUGAAUUCCUGCAGAAAAAAUCGAACUAUUUAUAUUUCCUGGGAGAGUAGACGGAAAUCGUAUGGAUUGAUCCCUGAAAUUAAAAAAUUAAAUAAUUUGUUUUUAAUUAAAUAAAUAUCAGGGAACAAUGGGUGCAGUGCACCAGCCGUGCCUGGAGCGAUGGCUGGAGGAGUCAAACAGAUCUAGCUGCGAGGUAUGCGGAUAUCCCUUCGACGUAGAAAGAACACCCCGACACUCACCCUUCCAUUCAUUGGUGAUAUACCUGAAGAAAUCCCCCCGGGAUCUUCACAUAUCCAUAAGACCACCAAAGAUCGACCUCAUACGUUGUCUAGCCUUGACGGCAAUGACCCUCGCUGCAAUCUACAUCUUCAUCGUAGCUGGUGAUUUCUACUCGUCAAAUAAUUACGAUAAUUUUCCACCAGCAAAAUGGACAAACUAUUCUCUCGUAUUUGUUGGAUUUUUGAUAGUAUUCUCGUAUUUUAUCUGGAUAACUUGGACCCUUGAUUAUCAUAAAAAUGUCUGGUACUGGUGGUGGCAGAAAACAAGUAUUGUCAGAAUGAAUUAUCAUCGUCACUCGGUAAAUGAGAUGAAAAAUUUGAAUUUGAGUUGCAAUCGCGUGAUCUCGAGAGUCUGAGGACAAUCCUCGGUUUUUU